AAUGUCUGCAAAUAACUUAUCUCUUUUUAAACCGUGUUAGUGUGACCAUUGACUCCUUGUUUUCAAAAGUGCUCAAAGCUCCUGACGUCACAAUAAGAGUUUCUCUCGGUAGUUGUUGUCACGAGAAAACUUUCGCAUGUUAUUGUUCACUAAGCCGCAUUUGCGUCACUGAAAGAAAGUUAUGCCAUAUAUGGGAUUGUUCGAGAAAAGUAUUUACAAUGAAUGGAACGAAGGAAAACGAAUGAAUGAAACGAACUUUAACCGAAAGAAAAAACAAAAAUAAAUAUAAACGAAUAUUUUCUGAAGUACGAUAAAGCGUGGGACAAAAGGCAGUUGAGUGGUCUAGAAAAAAUAAUUUCUAAUAAAAACUGGCUAACCUUUUAAAAAAUUCUAUUUUACAGUAUAUAUAUAUAUAUAAUAACGAGUAAAUAUGACAAAAACAUUAUACUUGGUUAAGUUUUGUCACGUGCGUUAGUAUAUGUAACCUCCGCCAUCUGGCUACAAUGCCGAAUGGUGGGUAUAGGAGGGUAGCAAGGAAGACACCAUAAUUACUGCAAUGGCUGCUGAAAGUGAAAGAAUUGAGUAUGACGAAGAACAACAGAAAAAGCUAUACAUGUGCCUAUUGGUUGUAAAGAAUCAACUUGGUGCAGCAUAUUAUAAUGUACAGACUGGUAUUUUAUAUGCAAUGCCGGAUGUUGUGGAAACAGAUCAAUUGUUAAGGUUAAGGAAAUUACUUUCUCAAGUUUCACCUGAUGUUGUCAUCACAAGCUCAAACCAAAAGGAACCUUUGUUGCAGCUUCUAAAGAAUUUAGAGGGCAAAAGAGGCACUGAUGAAGAGAAUCCAUGUUCUUUCGACUUGCUUGAAAUUCUGCCAAGUCAUGUUUUCUCAUAUGAGUUAUGCAAGCGAAAGAUAUUCAGUAUUAACGGUCUGCCAAAACUAUCCGAUGAAGCUUCUGAUGAGGAAAGAACAAUUUAUUUCAGUUCUCUGUUGGAACUAAACAAUACAAGUAUGGUCAGUGCAACUGGUGGAUUAUUAAAGUACCUUGAUCAAGCUCGACCUGGAUUAGAAUUGGAAGAGCCUGGUACACAUGUGCCAAUCUUACUUAUAAGGCCCUUUUCUCUAAAGGAUUUGAUGACUAUUGAUGUAUCCACUUAUUCUGCUUUGCAAAUCUUUCAAAAAGAAUCUCACCCAUCUGUAUACAAAUCAGGUGCUGUCGGAAAAGAAGGACUCUCUCUGUUCGGCAUAAUGAAUCACACCAGGUCAUCACAUGGUUCCUUUCUCUUGAGACAAUGGUUUCUUCAACCAACUACGAAUAAACAAACACUACAGCAACGAUUAGACGCCAUCUCGUUCUUUACUAGUCCCAGGAAUGUUGAAGCGAUGCAGGCUUUGCAAGAUGCAUUAAAGAGCACAAAGAAUGUCAUGUUGAUUUUGUCAAAGAUGAGAUCAACAUGUGUCAGUUUACUGGAUUGGCAAAGUAUGUACAAGACUGUCUUCAAUGCCAUUUGUAUUGGAGAUGUAUGUAAAGGGUUACCACAGGAUUUGGAUGUCAUACAAAAGAUAUCAACUAGAUUUUCAACAGAUCUUCUGCACGUUGCUAACCUCAUCAAACAAAUUGUGGAUUUUGAAGAAUCAGCGUUUUCGAAUCACUUCGUUGUAAGGGAAGGUAUCGAUGCUGAGUUAGAUGAGAAAAAACGUACGUUUGAUGGUAUCCCGCAUUUAAUGACGUUGAUUGCUCAAGAAGAAUUAUCAAAGUUGAAUACGUCAAUCACAAAAUGCAGUGUCACCUACUUUCCACAGCUGGGUUAUUUAUUGAACAUUCCAAUCACAGAAGAAAUGAAGAGGACUGGUGAUUAUGAUAUUGAUCCAAGCCUGGAAUUUAGAUCUUUAAUUAUUUCCAAGUUAGACCAGAAGUUGGGAGACCUCCAAUGUGAUAUUCGCGACCACGAGAUGGCGAUUAUGCAACGUUUGCAAGAUGUGAUUUUAGAACGUGCUGAUCUCAUACACGACGUUGUGGAAGCGUCUGCUGAACUCGAUUGUAUACUCGCCCUGGCAUCAUGUGCAAAGGAACUGGAACUAACUCGUCCAAAUAUACUCGAUAGAAACGAAAAUAUCGUCAAAAUUGUUGGAGGCAGGCACCCUCUUCAAGCGCUUUGCGUGAACCAGUUUGUAAAGAAUGAUACUAACUUAAGCGACAAAGAAGGGAAAAUGAAAAUCAUAACUGGCCCGAAUGCUAGUGGCAAGAGUGUGUACAUAAAACAGGUGGGACUAAUCGUGUAUUUAAGUCACAUUGGAAGCUUUGUACCAGCAGAGCAUGCUGACGUCAGCAUUAAGGAUGGUCUCUUCACCAGAAUUCACACAAAUGAAUCAGUUUCCGUCCCUCUGUCAACUUUUAUGAUUGACUUGGAUCAAGUUUCUAACGCAGUUGCGAAUGCUACAAAACAUUCUUGUGUGAUUAUCGAUGAGUUUGGAAAAGGCACUGCGGCGGUUGACGGGUUAGCCUUAUUAUAUGCAACAUUGAAGUAUUGGUUAGAUCGGAAAGAAGAUGCCCCAUGUGUGCUUGUCUCAACCCAUUUUCACCACCUAAAAGAAUUUAUAGUUGAAUCUGACGUCCCCUUGUACCAGACUAUGGACAUUAUGAAAACGGAUGAGGAGAUAAUAUAUCUGUAUCAACUUAAAGAUGGAUUUGUUGAUACGAGUUACGCUUCACAAACUGCUAAAUCAGCUUGUAUACCUCAGCCUAUUAUUGAACGCGCAACACAGAUCUGUGAGAGUAUAAAAAAUCAUAAACCAAUCACGAAGCGUUCAUCCGAGACGAAUAAAGACGAGGAAUCAAGGUUGGUACAAAUCGUGGACGAGUUUCUCCAAAAAGAUCUCGACGUUGAUGACUUACAGAGCUUUUUGAAAAGUAUUUUGUAGCCGUUUUAACCUUUGGUCCUAAAGAAUAUUUCAGACUCGCAUGGUCGAAAUUGAUCUAAGCGGUUAAUCUUGAUCAUGCCUGGGUUAACGCCAACUUAAUAAGGCAUUUAUAGGUUAACUUUUGUCUUGAUAAACCAGUUUUGAACGCGAUAAGUUCAUGAAUAUCCAUACGAGGAAGUAAGACUUUUUCAACCAAAAGGAGUUACUAUAAGUGGGAUACAAGCUAAAUGCAACUUUUCGUGCAAACUUCGAGCUAUCGUUUCAAGUUCAUCUCUAUCUAACUCUUCAAGUAGCAAUAGAGAUGCCCUGACGAGUCUAUUAUCAAUGGCUUUCCCUCCGAAAGAUUGGGUUGGGUCUAAAGGUCUUUUGGGCGGUCCCAGAGGAACAGUAUCGCUUUUAGGAAAGGUACGUCUCUCUUCUUCUGGCUUACUCUCUGUUGUGUUCAUACCCACAACAGGGUCAGGAUUUACUAUUUCAACAUCAACUUCAGGUUGAGUGAUUAUGUCUGAUUGCAAAUCUUCAGUGAUUGAAGAUUGCUCAAUUUCAUGUUCAACAGGUUCACUACUUGGCUCUGGCGUAACCAGUUUUUCGUUUUCAGUGACAACGUCGUUUGUAUUUUGUUCUACUGAAACACUCUCAGAUUCAACUUUAACGUCAGGUUCUAGUGUUUCUUCUUGUGUUUGCGACUUGAGAAGUUUUUGUGAGAUCGCGUGGUUGUAUGUAGUUUUAUAUUCAUGUACAUAUGGUUCGCCUUCUCUAAAAUAAUCGUUUCUUAAUUCUUCUACAA